AAAGUUGCAAGUGAACUGUCAGAAUCAGAUUGAAAACGAACGAUUACGCUACGCUAGUUUGAUAUUACGCGGAACUAUAACUGGUUUGGACUUAACCUCGUCAAUUGGCUCAUGAUAUCGCGUUUGUGCAUUACGUAAAUCUCGUGUUGUGUUUUGUGAGGACUAUAAUAUGACGAUGAAGCUCGAUGUUAGUGAUAGCCAGUCGAACCAUUCCGAAUCCAACGACAGUCAAAGUUCUCAGGACUCCAGCAAUGACUUCAUGGCAACGAUACAAGCAUCCAGAUCGCUGCUUACGUUGGCUAACCUCGAGGGCCUCCAAUCGGGGGUACCAACCCGCACAACGGCGACCAUCACGCCCACGCAGCUGCGCAACUUCGAGCAGACCUACAUCGAGCUGAGCAACUGCCACAGCGAGCAGGCCAACCACGCGGGGUUCGUGCCGCCGUCAGUCACGCACGCCAACAGCUACGGCAUCCUGAAUCCGGGGGGCUACUGCGACGCGGGCCCGACGACCGCGCUGCAUGUGUCGCCGGGCCCGCUCUCCGCCAGCGGCGACAGCAGCUGCAGCCCGGGCCCCGCGCCCAAGCGCCGCAACAUGGGCGGCCGCCGCCCCACCAAGGCCCCGCAGGACAUCUCCCCCGAGGAGGAGGAGAGGAGGAAGAUCCGACGCGAACGCAACAAAAUGGCCGCCGCGCGCUGCAGAAAACGCAGGCUCGAUCACACUAAUGAGCUCCAAGAUGAAACGGAUAAGCUUGAAGAGAAGAAGCAUGCGCUGCAAGAGGAAAUCCGAAAGCUAAAUGCCGAUAAGGACCAGUUACAGACCAUCCUUCAGACGCAUCUCAGGACGUGUAAAUUAGCGAGACGCGCGCCUAGCCCUCCCGACGUAAAACCCUUUGAGGAGUACCCGUAUAUAGAGGAGGGAGUGAGGGUUAAGGAGGAGGUGGUAGAUCCGGCGCAUGACCCCUCGCUGGCGCUGGACAAUGACGUCAUGUUCACCUCGCCGACACCGGACAAAAGGAUAAUGUUGUCGGCGGCCAGCCCGGCCAUGGGGCUCUCCCUGGACACGCCGCCCGUCCCCGUGCGGCCCUCUCGCCCCAACUUCCUGCAGGUGCCGCUCUUUCUCACUCCCGCGCAGAUCCACAACAACAAAGCGAUCGCAAACAACAAGAUCGCCGGCAUCGAGAUCAGCACCCCCAGCAACGGCAUACCGUUCAACUUCGACAGCCUGAUGGAGGGCGGCACGGGCCUCACCCCCGUGCACCCGCACCCCCUCGCCCCGCACCCGCACCCGCUCCCGCACCCGUGCGCGCAGCAGCAGCGCGCCGCGCCCGACCAGCCCUCCCCCGACCACGGCAGCCUCGUCAGCCUCUGAGACAUGGAGCUGUUCUGCUUCCAACUGGACUACUAGGACGUACCUGAGCGUGCGGCGCUCUGGUUGUGCUUAAAAUUCAUGAAAUCUGUAAAUGCGCGCUUAAACGACUUUUAAAUUACAGUACAUGUUUACUUUUAAAGCGAUCGAUCUAUGUCAACACUAAGUGAUUUGGCAAAAAUCACGAAAGGUCCCGAGUUCAAACCUCAUCGGUGCUCAAUAGUAUCAAUGAUUCUGGUUAAGAAAAAAAUACAAAAAGAGGGUGUAAGAUUUUGAACACUGUGAAAUUAAGGGAACGGCGACUAUUUUUUCCGCGUGUUUUAAGAAUAUGAAUGAAUUUUAAGUAGAUACUAUAUCGGAGCAUUUACAAUAUCGGGGUACGGACGGUACUGCUAUUGGAAGCAGAAAGGUCCGACAGUACUUGAAUAUCGCACUGGACCGCGCCUUGAGCGGCGGUCGGCAUGAGACGCCGCGAACAAAGUUCGCGUUCGAGUUUCGACCGGAAUACUUAUCUAUUCUAUGUUUCUUCUAUCUUUCUACUCAUAAAUCUAUUUUUUCACUUGUAACGUCCUAUUUAUUAUAAGUACUUUAUGGUGUUUAAAAAUGUAAAUGGAUUUGUUACAAAAAUUGGCCGUGUGUAAUCUUAUAUCUAUGGCCUAGUCAUGUAGGUUUAGUUACUUUUUUUAAACAUCAAAGAGUGCAAAUAUUCGGCUGUCGCCGGCGAUCGCUCCAGAAGGAGCACCUAUCUACUUGCUCACUAUGUGCUUUGUAUUUAUAUAGUAGUUCUAGCGUACGGCCCCGGCCUUCUCGAGUCAAUUCACGAGUAUAUUCUAAAUAUAAAAUAUUUUUAUAAAUAGACUUGUAUUUCCGCAGAAUAUAGGAAUUGUGAUUUAAAAUAAAACAGAGUUUUAUUUGAAGCAUUUCAGGGAUUUCGAGUUGUGCUUAAAUCUAGCUAGGCUAGAUGGUGCGAUUAUAUUGUAAGUUCACGUAAAAGAUCUCUUUUACACGUUGGUUAUAGGCCUGUCCAGACGGCGACAAUUUUUCGCAUCGGCGGACGCACGCGGUCGAAUUCGCCGAGCCAAAUUGGCGUUUGAGUCCGCAACCUGAUUUGAUCGGACAAUUUGAUCAGAUUGGCGAAAAACUGUCCCCGUCUAGACGGGCCUUAUUUCGGCACAAACUUGUAUUUUUAAUCCUCGAAGCAUCUUGUCAUAAUAAAAUCUCGUGCCAUCGCUCUACUCUCAUACUACGAAAUAUUUAGUUAACCAUAAACUAACAGCAAUACUACUUAAAGAUUAAUAUAUUGUAUGUAAGUUAGCUCAAUAUUGGUGUAACGUUUACCGUUCCAUUGGUUAGGUUCUGGUAGUGUAGAGUAUUUUAAGGCAUUUGUGAUAUGUCCAGUGAUAGGUUGUCCCGGGGACUUGUGACACAGGUUUUAUAGCAAACUCACAUGCAUCUACAGUAAAAUCAACCCUAUUAUUUACUUAUAACGAGCGAAUUUUCUUCGGAGUGUGUACGUGUUAUGCUACAUCACAUAAUUAGUGGAAUGAAUAGUUUGCUAUAACGCCUGUGUUUAUAUUUUGUAUUUGACUCAUGCCAUCAUUCUUUUUUUAAACCCAUCACAGUCCAAUUUCCAGUGUAUGUAAGCAAAUUAUCGUACGUGUCACCUGUCGUCGAAAUUGGGCUGUAAUGAGGAUCGUUAGUUUAUGAGGGCCUACCACCGCGAACGUUCGACGUGUUGCCUCUCUGUCGCACUUGUAAAUUCGUACGUAAGUAUGACAGGGAGGCAACACGUCGAGGUAGGACCUCUGAUCGGCUCGCUGGUUGUGCGACCUUCAUGUCAUGUAAAUGGUUGUUGUGGAAAUAAAAAUGUUUUUGUAUCGAUUUGUUGCAUUGAGUCCCUACUUAUUGUGAAAAUAGAGUUAGAAAUGUGACGUUUCAAACAAAAGGUACCACUUUUUGAGGUUAUCUUUUAAAACUUGUUUUUUUUUUUAAGUUCAAUUGGGCAUGGGUCGAUAUAUCGUACCGAUAGAGACCACUGGAAUAAAAUAUGAUAGUUUAAGGCAAUAACUAGAUUAAAGGCACUUAACAAUUAUUAUAAUAUGCAUAACUUAGACCAAAUUAUUACUUUUACGUGCUUUAUCGUAGUUUUAAUUACAAUCUAAGCCAAAUAUUGAUUUUAUUGUUAUAUUAAGUUAGGUUAGACGCUGUUUACGUAAAAGUAUUAGGAGACGGAGUCGCGCCAAGUAUUUAUUUAGUUUACUCCGACACGUCUGUAAAUAUUUAUACAGUUUUGAACCUUACGUCUUUGUAAUAAAGGUGUAUAAAUAUUUAUGAUCGUGGCUGUAUACCCGAAACUAGCGCUAGCGAAUAUCUGCCGACAUUUCUAUUUGAAAAUAAAUAGCAUUCGACAUAUAGUACGCAUAAUAGUUGUAUAAGAGAGAUGUAAUUUUUCUAGAACUAUUUUCUAAAAGCAAUUGUAGAAUACUUUUGUAUUUUUUCAAGAAAAUUAGCAAAGCAAUAUAUUUGAUACAAAUUAUUUGAAAAAUCUAGCCAGAUGUAGUGAAAUAUAUGUGUAAAUCAGAAAAUAUAAAUUUGUUUACAUACACCUGAAA